CAGUUAGUUAUUCAUGAGUUAUUCUAUGAUUUUAACCAUAAAGUUUUGUGUAUGUGUUUUGUGGUAAUUAAAAUAUAUUUCUCUAUGAUUUUAACGUGAUUUUAACCUCAUUUAAAAAAAAAUAAUCUGAGAAAGUUAGAAGCUGGUUAGAAGUUACAGAGGAAGUUAUCUAUUAUCAGAGCUAUUAUCUGGAAUAUGGAUGAUUUCGAGCCCCCUCCUAUUUUGCCUAUUAUAGAAGAUGAGUUACAGAAAUACUUACUGUGUCCCGAAAGUUUACCUAUUCAUGAAUAUGAAAGAAGCCAACAAAUUUGGCUACGUAACUCUAUUCCUGAGGAACUCAUUAAAUACGAAUUAUCUCCUGUAUCCACCACAUUAAGAGUUCAAAGAGAUCUAGACAGUGGUAGAAUUAUAGGUUUCCGUGAGGUUGCUCUAAACUCUGUUGGUGCAACCGCUAAGAAUUCUAUGUCCUUUGAUAGAGCUCCAGCCCCACCUACAGAUUCAACUAAAGGCAAUGCCCUAUAUGUACCUUUUCAGCCUGGAAGUUUUCCAGAACCUAUUUUAAAUUUGCCUGAGCAACAUAUUUUGGACAAAUCUGGGUUCUUAACUGUACCUCCUGGUUUUUCGCAUAGUUUAGAUAUUCAAGAUAAUAAAAAGCUAUUAGAAGAAACUGAUACAACUCAUGGAAAUCUUAAAACAUUGAAUUUACUAGAUGUUAUUCAUAAGGAACAACAUUUUUUAGGAGAAUUAAAAAGCCAGGAAAUUGAAUCAACCAAUGUGGAAAAUAAACUUGAAAGCAAUGUCCUUCCUGAAGAAGAGGAUAUUGUUCCAAAAGAGCCCCAAAUAAUUAACUUGUCAACAUUGAGCCAUCCACACAAUUCAACAGUUAAAAAUAGUGAAUGGGCUGUUUUGUUGGAUCCAAAUAAACCAGUGAAUGAUUUUAAUAAAAAAAUUCCUGAUAUGGCUAAGAGGUUUCCAUUUGAGCUGGAUCCUUUUCAAAAGUUGGCCAUUCUUCAACUUGAGCAACACAAUCAUGUUUUCGUUGCAGCCCAUACUUCUGCUGGUAAAACUGUUGUGGCAGAAUAUGCUAUCGCUUUGUCUCAGAAACAUAUGACCCGAACUAUAUAUACCUCACCCAUAAAAGCAUUGUCAAAUCAAAAAUACAGGGAUUUCAGAGAUGAGUUUAAUGAUGUUGGUUUAAUAACUGGUGAUUUUCAAAUAAAUCAGAAAGCUUCUUGCCUAAUUAUGACUACUGAAAUACUCAGAACUAUGUUGUAUUGUGGCAGUGACAUUACAAGAGACUUGGAAUAUGUUAUCUUUGAUGAAGUACACUACAUAAAUGAUAGAGAUAGAGGCCACGUGUGGGAACAAGUUUUAAUUAUGUUACCAACUCAUGUAUGUGUAGUACUUCUUAGUGCAACUGUUCCAAAUACAGUAGAAUUUGCUGAUUGGCUAGGACGUACACAUCAAAGGAAAGUGUAUGUAAUUACAACAUUAAAAAGACCAGUGCCUCUCCAACAUUUCCUUUACACUGGUAGAUGGGGCGGCAGUAGAGAUGAGAGAUUUUUAAUACUUGAAGCUGAAAAAUGGUCAGAAGAGGGAUAUAUAAAGGCUAAUACAGCUUUGGAGUGUUUGAAAGAUAAAAAUAUAAAGUUUUUAAACAACAAACAGGAGAAAACAUUAUGGAUUGCUUUGGUUGAUCACCUUAGAAAAUGUGAUCUACUUCCAGUGGUUGCAUUCAUUUUUUCAAGGCAAAAAUGCGAUACAAAUGCCAAAAUUCUUUCUAGUUUAGAUUUGACUACAGAAAAAGAAAAGCAUCAGAUCCACGUGUUCUUCAGUAAAUGCAUUAGAUCUUUAAAUGAAUCUGACCAAAAAACUCCUCAGAUUAUAAAAAUGAGAGAUAUUUUGAGCAGAGGCAUUGGAAUUCAUCACAGUGGUGUCCUGCCUAUAAUUAAAGAAAUUGUAGAGAUGCUUUUUCAAAAAGGCUUUAUCAAAAUACUAUUUGCUACAGAGACUUUUGCCAUGGGCGUCAAUAUGCCUGCUAGAACAGUAAUAUUUGACUCAGUUAUGAAGCAUGACGGCAUUGAACAUCGACAUCUUCUUCCUGCAGAAUAUAUCCAAAUGGCUGGAAGAGCUGGUCGCAGAGGCAAAGAUGACAAAGGCACUGUCAUUCUUCUUUGCAAAAUGUCUAUACCAUCCGAAUCUUGUUUGAAAGCUAUGAUGAUAGGCUUACCGAGUAAGCUAACCAGUCAAUUCAGGCUAACUUAUGGCAUGGUAUUAAGUUUACUCAGGGUUGAAACUCUCAGUGUAGAAGGGAUGAUGUCACGAAGUUUCGGAGAAGUGGACCAUCAAAAGAAAGUAACUGAUAUUAAAGUUGAAUUGGAGGAAGUGGAAAAAAAGCUUGAAGAGUUAGGCAAAGAUCAACUGAGUAGUUAUCUUCAGCCGCUAGUCAAAUUCUAUGAUACCGCAAGUGCAUAUAUGGAACAAAGAAAAUCUGUGAUGGCGGAUUUGCUGACUUCCCCGAAAAUACAAAAAUGUAUCGUACCCGGAGCCGUAAUUCUAAUAACGUAUAAAAUCCAUAUCAAUAAGCUUGCACUGGUACUCUCAGUGGACCGGUCCAAAAAGUCCACCGCCUAUAAAGUGCUGGUACUGACUGAUUUCCAACCUAAAAAUUCGAAUCCUGGAGAAAAGAGAGCAGAUUUCUGGUAUCAAAUGUUGGCACUGACCAAAGAUAAGGUGUUUGUCCCAAACACCACUAGCACAGGUCACGAGAUCCUCACUAUAUCCGGACUAGACAUUUUCGAAAUAACAUCUAAAGAAGUUAAAAUUAAAACGGAUAUAGUUGUUCAAGAUUGGCAGAAGAGACAAAUAGAAAGGUUUAGAAAUGAUCCUCCUGGUGAAACCUGCAGAGAAGCGAUUCAGGAAUUAUUAAAAUUAUCAAUCCUCACCAACGAAGAUCGGCAAGAUGAUGUUCUCAAACAGUUACACUUUAUAAAAGACUUGAAAGUCAACGAUCAAAAUCUUUAUUUUUCGCUUACGAAAAUGUAUGAACUCAAAGAAAAACUUCUGGAUCAUCUAUCUAGCACGCAAAUUCCAAAUUUCGAGGAACAAUUUGAGACUGUAUUUGAACGAAAAUUUCUUGAAGAAAAGAAAAAAGACCUAGAAUUCCAACUGUCAAACGCCAGCUUGAUUCUAUACCCAGACUACCAAAAUAGAAUAAAAUUACUUAGGAAACUGGAUUAUGUAGACCCAAAGAACAGAGUAAAACUGAAAGGCAAAGUAGCCUGUGAAAUGGGUAUGAAUGAACUCCUUAUCACUGAACUUGUUCUGGAAGACGUGUUCAUCAAUUUACAAGCAUCGGAAGUGGCAGCGCUGCUUUCUGCUCUAGUUUUUAGAGUUAAACUGCGCGGAAGCUUCAAUGAGUUUGAAGAAGAAUUAACUCCUACUUUAAAAGAGGGUAUUCAGAAAAUUAAAAGCCAUCAUGAAAAGAUUGCUGCUAUGGAACUAGAGUUAGGAAUUCAAACUGACGAAUUCCAGACAGACCUAAACUUUGGUUUAGUACAUGUUGUCUACAGAUGGGCAAAUCACGAGGAGUUUUCGGAAAUAAUGAAACUUACUGAUAUUCAGGAAGGUAUCAUAGUCAGAUGUAUCCAACAGCUUAACGAAACUAUAAUAGACGUCAGGGAUGCGGCAAAAAUUAUCGGAGAUCCGGCAUUGCAAAAGAAAAUGGAAGAUGCCUCUGCUAGUAUUAAGAGAAAUAUAGUUUUUGCCGAAAGUUUGUACACACAGGAUUUUAAACUGUAAUAAAUAGUAAUUUUUUUAA